AUGGGCGAUUCAGCAGACAACUCCACUGGCCCUCCUCCCGGGGAGUCUCCCGUUACUGCAACAGGCCUCUUCAUCCCUCCAAGUAUAGAUCACUCUCGGCUCUUCGCCGGAGAGUCCUAUGCUUACUAUUCACCUUGUCCUCCUGUCAUUGCAACCUCUAAAGGCACGGAAACUGCUACGAGCUCUUCACCAAAUCACCUUGUCUUGGGCGUAGACGAGGCCGGACGCGGUCCAGUUCUAGGCCCCAUGGUCUACAGCGCUUUCUACUUGCCCCAAGAUCUGCACCAUUCCCUCUUGACUCGUGAUUACAGCUUCAACGACAGCAAAGUUCUCACGCCCGGCGUGCGCGCUAAUCUCAUGAAGCUACUAUGCACCCCGGGAAAUCCCCUACACGAAUCCUGCGGAUGGGCCGUGAAGCUACUAUCAGCGCGUGACAUCUCGUCCGGUAUGAUGCGGCCUGGAGCGGGAGCUUAUAACUUGAAUGCGCAGGCAAUGGAUGCUACAAUUGAACUCAUCCGUGGGAUCAUUGAGGAUCGCAACAUGGAUGUUCGAGAGGUCUACAUCGAUACGAUUGGAAACCCCGCAACCUACCAACAGAAACUCGAAAAGAUAUUCCCAUCACUCAGAAUCACCGUGGCGAAGAAGGCCGACUCGUUAUAUCCGUGCGUGAGUGCUGCAAGUGUUGCUGCCAAAGUCACCAGAGACGUCGCAUUGGAUCUCUGUCAUCAGGCUAUAUAUGAAGACGUCCAUGCGGAAGAUGCAUCGGAGGCGGUGGUGCCACAGAGUUGGGGAAGCGGCUAUCCCUCUGAUUCAAAGUGUGCCAAUUGGUUGAAGAAAAACAUGGAUCCGAUCUUCGGAUGGGGCAACGAAUGCCGAUUCAGUUGGGGCACCGCAAAAGAGUUGCUCGAAUUGAAGGGAAGGCCAAAGGUCGACUGGCCUGGAGAAGAAGAAGAAGAAAAUACGCAGCUCAGGGACUUCCUCUUAUCUUCAACCAGUAACACUACUAAAGCUCAGCACGAGCUGCUGGAAUGGUACGGGUCAAGGUCCACUGAGGUCCUCUCUUAG